UUCGCUCUCCCACUUCCCUUCCACCCUUCCCUCUCAACAUCUAUCCCACUCCUCCUCUCUCCAGUAAUCACUCACACUCGUCAAUCCGCCAAGAUGCCUCUCAUCACAGGGACCGGAAAGCCUCGAGUCAUCCUGGGCUGCAUGACGUUUGGCCCCAAAGAAGGCGCGCGCAUCACAUCGCUCGACACCUACAACCAAGCUCUCGACUUCUUCCAGGGACAAGGUUACUCCGAGAUCGACACCGCGCGCAACUACAAUGACGGCGCUCAAGAGGGCUUUACUCGUGAGGCAAACUGGCAAUCUCGCGGCUUGACCUGCGCCACCAAGUGCUACCCCAACGAGCCCGGGAAUCACUCCCCGGACCAGCUGGAGGCGAGCUUGGAAAAGAGUCUGAAAGAGCUGGGAACGGACUGCGUAGACAUUUUCUACCUGCACGCGGCCGACCGAAGCAUCCCCUUCACGGAGCCGCUGAAAAAGCUGAACGAGCUGCACAAGAAGGGCAAGUUUGUCCGGCUGGGAUUGAGCAACUUCACUGCCUUCGAGGUGGCCGAGGUGGUGAUGCACUGCAAAUAUAACAACUGGGUCCGACCGACGAUCUAUCAAGGAAUGUACAACGCCAUCACGCGCAGCCUUGAGCAAGAGUUGAUUCCCACAUGCCGAAGAUAUGGGCUGGAUGUAGUGGUGUACAACCCAAUCGCUGCAGGUCUCUUGGCCGGGCGGUACAAGACCAAGGAUGUGCCGCAAGAGGGUCGCUUCUCCGGUGAAUCGAAAGUGGGACAGAAUUACCGUGCGCGGUACUUCAAGGACGAGACGUUUGAUGCGCUGAGACUUGUGGAGGAGGCGGCGGACAAGUCCGGUAUCUCCAUGUUGGACAUUGCUCUCCGCUGGCUCGUUCACCAUUCCGCACUCAACAUCAAGGACGGAGGGAAUGAUGGCAUCAUCAUCGGAAUGUCGAGCAUUCAGCAGCUGGAGCAGAAUCUGAAGGGCCUGGAGGGGGGACCGCUGCCGGAAGAGGUGUUGAAGAAGCUGGACGAGGCCUGGCUAAUUACCAAGCCCAACACCGCCAACUACUGGCAUCUCAAGCUGGAGUACACGUAUGACACGCAGAAAGCGUUGUUCGCGGCAACGUGAGGUUCCGCUGAAGUUCCGCUGCUGCUUGGCCUGAGGAAUGGCAACACGAGUCUAGAUCUAGCAAGUAUCGCAUAGAAUGGCGACUCAUGUCCCU